GAGCACCUGAACAAGCAUUCGAGGUUGAUGUUGAUAAAGUUACAUCAAAAAGAGAAAUUAAACCAACUAAUAAAAUUGAUAAACUUGAAGAAUGCAAGACUGAGUUAGAUACUUUAUGUAAGAAGAAUUUCAUAUCAUAUGGUGGUAUCAAUGCUUUAUCACCUUGGCUUUCUGUGUUUUUUGGUGUAUCAUAUCAAGAGUCAAAAAUUACAGAAGCUAAAACGACUGAUACUAACAUUACAAUCAGCUCUAUAGUGAAGAAUGGCGAAAACUACGAAAAUUGGGAAAUAGGUGAAUAUGAUGGCAUUAAACCAACAUUUGAAUUUCUGGAUUUUGAAUUACAAAAGAAAAUCAAAGAAAUCUUGGGAUACAAAAUUUUAAAAGCAAAUGUUGAAGAAAUUAAGCAUGAAAUUCCUGAUGGGCAUGAAUGUCAUAUUUUUGCAUCGAUAAUGAACAAGGAGGACGAGAACGUAUUUUCAUUGUGUGUUGAUUAUGAAGAUAGAUAUAGCCCUGUAAUUUUAGUUCAUCUCUUUGCUAGCAAAAAAGAGAAAAAUAAAAGAUAUUCAACACAAAUCGGUUGGAUUGUUGUUGGCUAUCCGAGAAAUUUUGAUUUUGAUCAAGCUGAAUAUCCGAUAAUACUUAGAGGUUAUAGUCCCAAAAUUUCAAAAUUAAAAAAUCAAUAUAUUGCAAGCAUUCCAGAUACUAAUGCCAUACCACAUUACCUGAAAACUCGGAUGCUGAGUACUUGUGUAUUAGAAGCUCCAUCAAGAAAAACCUCUUAUAAUCCAUAUAAUACGACAAUUGCUAUUGGUACGCAUUUUACGUCAACUAAUCACUUAGCAUGUCUAUUUGCUUGUGAUAUAAGUAAAAAUAAUAAACUUGUAACCGAUGAUUCAAUCAUAAACCUAUUUUGUGGUGAGUAA